AAGGAGCCCAGGCCACGCGCAGAUCGCCCUCCCGCACCGCGAGGGCAGCAGCCGCCUCAUGCGACUCGAGAACGCUAGAGGGCGCCGCUUCCGGGAGCCCGCAAGCGGCUUCCGGGGGCUCGCGCGCAGACCUGGACGCAGAGAAGCCAGAGGCUUUCGCUUCCGGCUGCCGCAGGCGCUUCCCUGGUGCAGACGCAGUACUGAGCCCACAGCUACCGGACAAAGAGUGACGCCCGGAGCUGGAGUUAUGGCGGCUACGGAGCCGAUCUUGGCGGCCACUGGGAGUCCCGCGGCGGUGCCACCGGAGAAACCGGAGGGAGCCGGUUCGAGCUCAGACCCUGAGUGUAACUGUGUGGGCUCCUCGUUGCCAGAGGCCUCACCGCCUGCCCCUGAGCCUUCCAGCCUCAACGUCGCGGUCCCUGAAGCCAACCCUACGCCCCAAGCUGCGGCCUCCGCGGCCCCGGAGCUGCCCCUCGGGCCCGCACCCGUGAGCGUAGCGCCUCAGGCCGAAGCUGAAGCGCGCUCCACACCAGGCCCCGCCGGCUCUAGACUCGGUCCCGAGACGUUCCGCCAGCGUUUCCGGCAGUUCCGCUACCAGGAUGCGGCGGGUCCCCGGGAGGCUUUCCGGCAGCUGCGGGAGCUGUCCCGCCAGUGGCUGCGGCCUGACAUCCGCACCAAGGAGCAGAUCGUGGAGAUGCUGGUGCAAGAGCAGCUGCUCGCCAUCCUGCCCGAGGCGGCUCGGGCCCGGCGGAUCCGCCGCCGCACGGAUGUGCGCAUCACUGGCUGAGCGGUGGAGCUGCGGGCGGCCAGGGCCGGGCGCUCUGUGCGGACUGGGGCCAUGAUCGGGUCUGGGGGCCUGAGCCUGGGACCCCACCCCGUGUUAAUGAAAAAUGAGUUUUGGCA